AUGAAGUUGGAUGCCAAAGCCUUGCGAUACAUGUCCGCAGAGGACUUCAGAGUCUUGACUGCUGUGGAAAUGGGCUCUAAAAACCAUGAAGUCGUCCCGACCUCUUUGAUCGCUCAGAUCGCCUCAUUGCGUCAUGGAGGUAGUCAUAAAAUUGUUGGAGAGCUUGCAAAAAGAAAUUUGAUUGCAAGAGUUCAAAAUGCAAAAUAUGAUGGUUACCGAUUGACAUACGGAGGUUAUGAUUAUCUUGCAUUGAAGACCUUUUCAAAGAGAGGCUCGGUGUUUUCUGUUGGAAACCAGAUUGGUGUUGGCAAGGAGUCAGACAUUUAUAUUGUUGCAAAUGAAGACGAUAAGCAACUCGUACUCAAACUUCAGAGACUUGGUCGAGUGUCUUUCCGUAGCAUCAAGUCAAAGAGAGAUUAUCUGCAAAAGCGCAAGUCAGCUUCUUGGAUGUACAUGUCUCGCUUAGCCGCCAUGAAGGAAUAUGCCUUCAUGAAAGUCUUGUAUGAAAACGGAUUUCCUGUCCCAGAACCUGUUGAUUUGAGCAGACAUUGCGUCGUUAUGGAGCUUAUCGAUGCUUUCCCACUCCGACAAGUGGAUGAAGUGGCCAAUCCCGCUCAGCUGUAUAGCGACUUGAUGGAUUUGAUUGUCAAAUUGGCUCAGCAUGGUCUUAUUCAUGGUGAUUUCAACGAAUUCAACAUUUUGAUUAAGGAAACCGGAAAGCCUAUCCUCAUCGAUUUUCCCCAAAUGGUCUCAACGUCGCAUGCCAAUGCUGAAUACUACUUCAACCGUGAUGUAGAGUGUAUACGUGUUUUCUUCAAACGACGAUUCGGAUAUGAAUCUCUUUUGUACCCCAAGUUUACAAAGCAUAUCGAGAGGGAAUUUGAUUUGGAUGUGCAGGUUGCUGCUAGUGGAUUUACAAAGAAGCAUCAGCAGGAAUUGGAGGAGGUAAGCUAA